UCGCUGUUUCACUCUGUCCAUAUGAUCAUUGAGAACAUGGUGGUGGAUCAGCAGCCAGUCAAGACAGCAGGAUAACAACACAGCAGAGAUCAUUAUUCCAAGAACUAAGGAUUAAACACAAGAAAUACAUCUUUAAAUAUAUGCAAAGACAACACCUAAGACUUCUGGCAGACCAAGAGAGAGAGAACAAAACUCGGAUUUUACCUCGGAAUUGUUUUUAGUGGAAAUCUGGACCUGAGGUGGAGCUUUUUACUGGAUUGCAUUCUAGCUAGCUGGCUAACAUGCAGCCCUAGUGUUUAGAAAAAUCGCACAAAAACGAGACUCUGGGAUAUAUAUCAAACUGGAAUUUGCAUUGGCUGACACUAUCUGCACCAUUUCAUCAUCCAAAUAUUCGCGUGCAGUUGUGAUCAUGCUGGCAUUCACCUUGCAGACAUAGCUGGUUAGCUAGCUACCACCGAAGGACCGACUCGUUGGCGCAGCGGAAAGCCGACACCACGGCGCUUUUGGUCGGCCUCAGGACCAACGCCAUGCCGCGGGUUGAACUCGGGCCCUCCGUAGAGCUCACUUCAGGAAGCUAACGCUAGCUGGAAAUAGAAGGCCGCUUAGGUCUCAACAGUGGCUUUAUGGUCGUUUUAUCAAGGUGUUUAUACUUUACUGUAGCCUAGUCAGCUGAUUAGAUAAGUGCACCUUUUACUUUUUAUUCUGCUUUCGUUUUUAUAAGCCCAGCGGCUGUACUAGCUAAUGCCGGCUUAUCUGAUAAUUAGCUAUCUAGCUCAUAGGCGAGUAAUGCAUAGAAACCCAUAGGUUGUUGUUUACAAAGAACACAACAAGAUACAGUUGAAAACGAGUUGGAUUUGUGUUUUAAUUUACUCAUCAAACAAAGGUGCGUUAUUGUGUAAAUGGUGUUUGUUUGCAAUUGCCAGCCACAGACGCAUCAGUACAUGUUAGAUUUUAACACAAUCCAAACAAGCAUAUGAAUAAAAUACGUGCCUCAUUAAAGUAGCGCUUAGCUUGUGUGGGAUGUAAACAAGUCACAGGUAAACAAGUCUGACUACGUUUAAGGUUGUUGGUUAUUUCAUUGAAUGGUGUCACUACAACCAAGAUGCUGCUGCGCUGUUAUUUGGACCUCAGCUACUCUUGUUAAGUAAGUUGUUUUGAACGUAUCUGUUCAGAAUUAGCAGUAGACAGACACUGAAAGGCAUGGGAGUUGUUGACCUCCUGGUGCAUAGCGAGAAAUAUCAGCCAUUCAUUCAUGAUUGAUGACCUUUGAGGAGGCAGACUGUCCUUUAUCCAUUUGCCACUAAAGCUGAGCCACUGCAUAAAGCCUCUAACAGUCUUGUAGUAUUUAUUUUUUAACCACUAGUGAAGCUGAGGAAAUUUUAGCUUUGGCAGCAUUUUUCUUUCAAGUCCUACUGACACCUUGAACCACUGGGAGUGAAUGAGAACAUGAGGAGCACUCUGUCUGAUCUGAACCAGCUCCCCAGUUGAAGAUUUGAUCAACAGAGAGGCCCAUUGUGUGGACUGAAAACUGAAGAGGAAAGAGAUGAUGAUGGGGAUGAUGAUAAGAGAGGCCCAGUGACAGUGUUGAUAGCCGCACCAGGAAGCAGAGGAGUGUCACAAGGCUACAGACAUGAGUCUCCGCCAACCCACCUCCACGCUGGACAGCCCCUUUGCUGCUUGGCUCAGCAGUCUGACCAUCGGAGACUCGGAGCGCAAAGCCUCUGCCGCCCAGCAGAGAGAGCCGAUUGUGGAAAUCCCUGCUGAGAGUACGGGCACUGGUCUUGUCCAGAGAUGCGUGGUCGUGCAGAAGGACCAGCUCGGCUUCGGCUUCACAGUUUGUGGAGAGAGAGUCAAGCUGGUGCAGAAUGUCCGACCAGGUGGUGCAGCAGUCAAGGCUGGGGUCCAAGAAGGGGACCGAAUCAUAAAGGUGAACGGCUCGCUGGUGUCCUCCAUGUCCCAUCAGGAAGUGGUAAAGCUCAUCAAAUCUGGAACGUACGUCGCUCUGACACUACAAGGACCGCCCCCUUCAGCCACCUCCUUUCCCUUAGAGCCACUCUCCACAGACCUCACCAAUCAAAGGAAGUCUCUGGGUGGGGAGGCCCCACCGCCUCCGCCUCCACCCUUGCCGUCCGGACUGAGCAGCACCCCAUCGCAAAGAAUCACAGGACCCAAACCACUGCAGGACCCAGAAGUACAAAAACAUGCCACUCAGAUACUCAGGAGAAUGCUGGAGCAGGAAGAGGCUGAACUACAGGAGUUGAUGGAGGAGCAGUUGAGGAACCCGUCGUUGUCACUGGGGGAGCGAAUAGAACGAGCAAAGAGGAGAGCUCACCAAGUCAGGGUCAAGAUUCAGCAAGAUCAGGACGGGACACGGUCAGAAUGUGCCACGAGCUACGUCAUAGCAGGAGAAGGUCGACUAUCGAUGGACUCCAGCGAAGGCGACGUGGAGGCCUUUGAGAGUCCCCACUCCUCCCCCUCAUCCUCCUUCAGGACCCCACAACACCGCCGGCAGAACUCCGACACACACACCCUGUCUGACUCGGGUGGGAAGGCCCAGAUCAUCGGCCCCGAGGAAGAGGAUGAAGAAGAUGACGGCUAUGCAUUUAAUGAGAUGGACGGUCCAUUCCAGGACAUCGAGCUGUUGAAGUCCCGGCCGGCACACAUGGCGGUGUUCAUGAGAUACGUCUUCACACAGCUCCUGGACCCCAACCCUCUGCUGUUCUACCUGUCGGUGGAGGCCUACCUGGGCUCCAGCCCUAAAGACGCUCGUGCACUUGCCCCUCAGAUCUGCUCCCACUUCCUGGACCCUGAUGCUCCCCUGAAAAUCAAAGUACGAGAGGAGUAUCUCACAGAUAUAGAAAGCCGGCUUCACGCGCAGGAGGACAUCAGGGGCCCUCUGUCCGAGCUGCAGCAGCAAGUACUGCCGGACAUCCAGGACCAGAUCCAGGACUACAGGAACAAGCAGAUGAUGGGCCUCGGCUCUCUGUUUGGAGAAGGGGACCUGCAGCAGCUAGAUGGAGACCCGGUGAAAGAGAGACAGGUGGUGGACAGACAGGUCACCGCCCUCUGGGAAAUACUAUCAAAGCACGAAGAGGACAGAAGUUCUCCCCUGGCGUCGGCCGUUCACCUGUACCUGCGGCAUUCUGGUAUCAAGCUAAGAGACUCCAAGGUCUUCCCUGGCCUGAGCACAGAGAAGGAGAAGUGGCUCGCCUUUUUAAAGACGAAAAAGCUGAGUGGUACCAAGAAAGAGAAAGAUGGAGAGGAUAAAAAGAGGAAUCCCAUCCUGAAGUACAUCGGAAAACCCCGGAACUCCUCCCAGUCUACAUUCCAUGUCCCGUUGUCACCCACCGAAGUCCGUCCUGGCAGUGUGAGGAACAUCAUUCAGCAGUUUGAGAACCACACAGAGACGGGGGAGGAGGGGGGAGACCCCGCAGACCCCCCGAGGCUCUCCACCAGCAGCCUGGGAGAGGACAGCAUGGACAGCCCCACGGUCUUGGUGCGUCUGGCACGCAGCGAGUCGUUGAAGGCUCAGGGUGAAGGCCGUCGGCGGGGCGUCGUCUCGGGGACGGAGUCUGUCCCUCGCUCUCGUAGCGACGUGGACAUGGAGGACUGCGGGGAGGAGAGGGAGGGGCCGGGCCUCAGGCCGCUGCAGCACAGCGCGUCGUCGUCUGCCUCCAGCAGCUCUGCACGGUCUCUAGAGAACCCUACACCCCCAUACACCCCUCGGUCUAGACGCAGGAGUGUGGACUCGCCGCUGGCCCUGCUGCCGGACGCUGCAGCCCUGGAGGAGGAGCUGUGCGACGGGCAGAACUGGCAGGACACGGUUCCUCCUCAGCUCCUCGCCUCGCUCAGUCCCCGGGAGGUGGAGAGACAGGCGGUCAUAUACGAGCUCUUCACCACCGAGGCGUCCCACCUGCGCACCCUGAGGGUCCUGGACCAGGUGUUCUUCCAGAAGAUGAGGUCUGUGCUGAACUCUGAUGAGCUGGCCUGCAUCUUCCCCAACCUGCCCCAGGUCUACGAACUCCACGCGAGUCUAUGCGAGGCGAUGAAGAAGCGGAGAGAAGCCCCCACCGUUCAGGACAUCGGGGACGUUAUGCUGGCCAGGUUUGAAGGGGCGGCGGGGGACGAGUUUCAGGAACAGGCGUCGCAGCUGUGCAGCCAGCAGUCUCAGGCCCAGGAGCUCAUCAAGAACAAACAACGCAAGGACCCUCGCUUCGCUCACAUCAUACAGGAGUGUGAAGCGAGUCCUCACUGUCGGAGGCUGCAGCUCAAAGACCUGCUGGUGUCUGAGAUGCAGAGACUCACCAAGUACCCCCUGCUGCUGGACAACAUCAUCAAACACACAGAGGCCGGUUCGUCGGACUUCCCCUCACUUCAACGUGCCCAGGCUUGUUGCCGAGGGAUACUGCAGGCGGUGAACGAGGACGUCAGGGAAACAGAGCACCGGCAACGCCUCAGCCAAUACCAACGCAGGCUGGACGCUGCGCCUCUAUUCAAGAGUCUGGACCUCACCACGAAGAGAAUGAUCCACGAAGGUCCUCUCACGUGGAAAGUCAGCAAAGAUAAGCAGAUCGAGAUCCAGGCGUUGCUGCUGUCCGACUCCCUGGUGCUCCUGCAGCGGGGCCCGGACGACCGGCUGCUGCUCAGGUAUCCAUCCCGCUGGCUGGGGGGAGGCGGGGGAGGCAGCGGGGACAGCAAGACGUCCUUCAGCCCUCUGGUGAAGCUGGACUCUCUACUGGUCCGCUCCGUAGCUACAGAUAACAAAGCCCUCUACCUGAUCAGCACCACAGAGAGGCAGAUCUACGAGCUGGUGGCCGGGACCGCGUCGGAGAAAAACACCUGGAAAGAUUUUCUUGAAAAGACCCUGUCAUCGUCCGGCGGUUCAUCCCCCCUGAUCAAUCACGGCUCCAUGCCUAUAUCCUCCUCCAGUCUACGCAGUGCGUCCCCAGUGUCAACUAGCAGCAAUGUCUUUGCAGACAACUCCAUAACGGAGCAGUCAGAUUCCAUGGAGACUCAUUCCUCCAACGACGACAUCGGGCUCUCCGCACACACACCUACGGACCAAUCGGAAGCUUUCAUCUGCGGCGAAGGAGAAGCAGUGGGUGUGGCCGAGGCCGCGUUACAGGACGUUGAAACACUAAGGCAGCUCAUUUUACGAGAUCUGGACGAGGACGGUUGGAGCCACGAUUCAGAUGACACGCCCACCAACGAGACGACAAAUGAAAAGAGCUCGUUCAGCGAGAGGCAGCGGCCACAGUCUCUGGAGACUGUCCUCAACUUCAGCCCCAGCGAAUGGGAGGCGGAGCCUGAAGAAGAGGCUCCGCCCCCUGACGCUGAGCCACCCAGCAGUGUUCAGGUGGUGAGGAAAGCUGUGGUUGCGGGUCCUUCUUCUUCUUCUUCUGUCCCUGACGACAUCACUGCUGAUGUCACACUCCCCUCCGACCAAUCACGCGGGCGUAGAGGCGAGGCCACCACGCAGGGGAACAUGUUCUACCUAGUGAUGCCUACAGAGCAGGGAGAGAGCGUCACCGAUGACCUCAACGACCCUCCUACUCCCACCGCCAGCCACUUCCCUCAGCCUCUGGAGGGAGUGACAUCCCCGCACGCCGAGGAAGAAGUACCCGUCUGCUUUUCCCACCAAUCAGAGGCGAUGCAACUGGAACAGGAAGAGGAAACGGGCCAAUCGCAGCAGAGUCACGUGAUCAAAAAUGUGGACGAGAUUUUCCACACCAUCGAGGGGCUGACAAGCAAGUUACGCCAGCUGAAGGAAAUAGAGGAUUCCCAUCACACGCUUUUGAAAACCCUCAGAGAGCCGAUCAAUCAGGAGUCCCAGGACCAGCAGUGUCCGUCGGCAACCGUCUCCAGAACGCCGUCUCUGGACCGCGGCUCGGGGGACGGCAAGGAGGGAAGUCCAGCAGAGCCCAAGAUUCAGUCGACGGGAUUCUGACGUCGCUCCGUCUCGGUUGUUGGCGCACUGAUAUGAGUCUCGGGCCCCUGAGCCCCGCCUCCCCUCACCCUUUCCUCCCUGCAUGCACCGGCCAUUCCAUCAGAGCCCAGGACGGACCGUAGCUGUGUUUUUUUUGUUUCCCGUUUCCCUGGAAUACAAGGAAACGAGCCGGAUCCACCAGGAUCUCUGAGGUCAGCACAACUUCUCGGGAGGAAAAAGUAUGAAGGAACAACAAAAGGCACGAGACAAGUUGACCGGUGAAGAGAAAGGUGGAAGAAUUGAAAGUGGAAAAGAAGUUAGAUUUUUGAAGGAGUUGUACGUCUUUUGUUUAAAGAGCUGGUUGAAGAAACGGAGCCGAAAAGUGUCGAAAUAUUAAUUUAAGAAAAAAUCUGAAGGGACCCAUCACCCCUGCACUUUACCCACAAUGCAUCCCUCUGUCAUGGACAAAUCAGGGACUGGAGAUGCCACUGGCUUUCUUUAGGGGCUGACAUUUGAGCCAAGAUGGCCUCCGGGGGGUCCCCUCCCCCGCCUCCACUGGUUGCUUUACACUGAUUCACCUGCCACCGUGGCCGAAGGACUGUGUCUAUAUAAUUCAGGUUAUUUGCACUGGGUAAGGAAACCAACACAUCGUUUUUAUUUCUCAUUAAGCUCAGAUUCAUAUCCUCACACUGUGGGACAAACUCUAACGUGUCAUUGGGAGCACUGACAUAUCCUCCAGUCUGUUUUUACUCAGCAUUCAUUGUUCAUGUCGUUCAUUUUGAAACCCUACUGCGCUGUUUACUACUGAAAUGCUGGCAGGUUUUAUUUUUCAGCGCUGCUUCAGAGGCGUACAGGGAUCCCGGGCGAUAAACGAGCCCAGUGGAUCCUCGCCGCCCUUCUGAUCAUGUCGCGUUUGGGAGAUUUGAGAAUGCUUUGGGAGAAGACGGGCAAUGUUGUGUGUGAGGAAAGAGGAAGACAAUUCGAGAUUCAAACUUGAAAACAACUCAACGUGUGUCCCUCAAUCAAACCGCUGCCAAAAAUCGCAACUGACAUCGCCUGUCCACACUUUGAGAUUUAGUGUGUGUAGAUGCCACGGUCGAUACUGUGAACCAGCAACUCUUCACUUCUCCAGCAGUCACAGUUACAUAAUGUGCAUAGCCACCCAGCCAAAGCCAUGAAAGGACUGCGCUCUGUACCGAGUAACUUUCCAGACCCCCUCCCCCCCCCCCCCCCACCACCACCAUCACCACCACCACCACCACCCUCCUUUAACCAACCUGUAUUUAUUAGAUAAAUAAGAAAGCUUUGAAAAACUCCACAUAUUCUCCAAGUAAAAGAAACUGCUUCAGUAUAUGCAAAUGUUAAAUUAGCAAGAAAUAAUUUAAUGGGAUCGUGUGACAUUUUGGGAAACACUCGUAUGCAAAGGCUGAUAACGCUAGCAGCCACUUAGCUUAGCUUCGCACACAGACUGGAAACGAUGGACACAAUUAGCCUGGUUUGGUCUAAAGGGAGCUAAUACCACCCAUGAGAAUCUCUAAAGGUCACAAAUGAACACGCUUGAUCUCAUUAGUUCCUGCAGUAUGUCUGGUGAUACUGCACCUGAACACACCAAUGUUCAACAACUAUGAUUUAUUGUGUGGAUUUGGGAACGUUAUAGGUUCUGUUGGGUGGGUUUUUGUUAGCUUAAGGCAGGCUAAAGCUAGCCGUUUCCACUGUUUCCAGUCUUUACGCUAAGCUAACCCGCUACUGGUUCCAGCACAGUCCUACAAACAGUCCGACACAAGAAAGCAAAUAAUCUCAAACUAUGUGGAAGUUAUUUUACAAAGGGUUUUGAACGCUAAGGCACGUUUACCAGCAGAGGCUGACACUAAAGCUUUUUCCCUCAAAUCUUGAACUUAAUUGAUUACACACUAAACUGCAAAUAUAUAUUUAAACUCUUACAAGGAAGGAAUUUGAUUUACUUUGUACUGUUUAAUUAUUUUUCUCCUAUCAAGCUAACUGAACUGGAUUUUAUUUGAGCUGGUUUCAAAUACUAACUGACUUUAGAGAGUUACCGACAAUACACUACCACACUGAUGACCAGGAGCCAGGUAUAUUUACCCACUACAAGCUGAAUUCUACUUUUAAAAGGACAUUUCACUGCCUGGUGGAGGGUUUUCGCUCUUUAGCCAACACACCCUGAACGAGUUUUUAAUUAGAACUGUCACAUGGCCAUCAUAUGAACAAAAAAGAGAUUUUCAAGUUAAAAAUCACAACUUUUGACGGCCAGGGCGGCUGAUUUUCGCAGCUGACCCCGGAUUCACCUUUAGAUAUUAGUGCUAAAACGUUCUACAGAAGUGAAAUGUCUUUCCAGAGGUGUUAUAGGGAACAUGUUGUCUCUACAUUAUGGCUGCCUAUUUUCCAGCACCUCAGACCAGAAGUGUUCUCAAGAAGAAAGACUCCUUUGUUUUUAAAAGCGUCCAUGCCAAGCUAUGGACACACAGUCAUCACAUGCAUUUUAUGUGCCGUUCAUAAGGUGGCACAAAGAAGUCAAUAUCUUUCCUUCUCUUCGACAAAUCUUACUUUUUCUUUCCUCCCACCUCUAACUAUAGCAUUUUUCAUCUCCAAUUUCUACCUCUACACUUGAACUUCUCCAUAACUUCCAUGAUUUCUUCUUUCCAUUGUACAUUUACAUCAGUGUUGUGGCCCUAAAAAAAGAAAACGAGUUAUAACCGAUUCCUCUUUUUUUAUAUAAAAUAUGUUGCACAAACAAACUUCCCUGCACGGUGCAAACUACUGUAUGCAUACACACGUCUUUAACUAUCAUCUCAUGGUUUAUUUUGUGUCUUUAAAAAAAAAAAAUCUUGUUCACUCAUGUAAUAUAGAGAGAUCAGACCCACUUGUUUUAUAUAUGUUCAGUUUUUUCUGUAAAGCCUUAGUCCUCGUCUUUGAUUUUAUUUUUGUAGAUAUGAUUUGAAAAAAAAAGGAUGUAUAAAUUAUUUUCUUCUCCCUUGUUUUUAAAAUUGAUGAGAUUGUUUAGCUGCACAGAAGGAAACGAGAAUUCAGAUUCAUUUGUUUUGUGAGAUUAAAAAGAAGCUGGAAAAAGAAA